ACUCCAAACCAGCCUCAAAAUUUUCAAUGCUUCAUCUGAGAAGGAAAACUGAGAAAGAGACGGUAUUGCUUCUCAGUCAAUUGUCAUAGCUUCUUCAGAAACCCCAGUUCCUUCCAUUCUACCAUCACCAAAACCCAAAAGGAGGUAAUAGCAAUGGGUAGCAAGAUCAACAACUCAAACCCUCCAAUUCUUUGGAAAAUCCCGACUAAGCAGCAGAGGCCUAAAACAAAAACCAUAUCCUUCUCUUCCGCCACCACCGACUCUCAAACCUCGUAUCAAAACUCUAAGCUUUACGCUGUCAAGUUCAAGACCUUGAGCGCCUGCAAGCUUGGCAUAGCUAGAUAUCCUGAUUUCGAAUACGAUGCUGAAGGUGGCACCGGAACCGGGUCUGGUACAACAGAAAGCGGCAACUCAAGUGGUGAAGUUUCAGUGUCAUUUGACAUUAACACACUCUACAUACCACCAUUGCAGACUUCAACAACAAAGUUUCUUGGACUGCCAUUGCCACCGUUUUUGAAGAUUGACAUUGUCCCGGAGCUUUUUCGUGGCAGAAUCGAUCAAGAAUCCGGCAAGGUUGAUCUUGAGUUCAAAGCCAAGUUCUGGUUUUCGGUUGGGAGCAUCUAUAGAGCUCCUCCACUUGUGGUGGAGACGGUUUUAACAUCUGAGGAAUCAAGAGGAACAAUGAGAAGUGGAAAAGGGGAGAGGUUGGAUGAACAAGGAAACUGCAAAUUGGUUGGAGUGGCAACUGUUGAACCUAUUGAUGACCCUUUCAUGAACACCUUCCUUGGCCUCCCUACUGAAUGCCUUGCAGGCAUGAAUGCUGUUAUCUCUUUGUCUACUUCUUAGCCUUAGAAUUUGAUCUUUCUAUGAUGUCGAGCCAACAAUAUACUCGAUUAGUCUUUG